AUGUUAAAACACGUUUCUGCCGUGAGCAUUAUUGCUCUGUUCAGCUGGCGCGUCAAUGCUGCCGACUCGCUGGAAGAUAUCGAACAUGUCGUUCUCUUUAUGCAGGAGAACCGUGCCUUUGAUCACUACUUUGGCAACAUGGCUGGUGUGCGAGGAUCUGCAGAUCCCAAUGUCCAUUACAAUAAUGGCAGAUCUGUUUUUCACCAGGAUGUCAACUCAACCCUGACAAACAAGACGGACACUUUGCUUCCGUUCUACUUAAAUUAUUUGGGUGGCAACUGGUCAGAAGCGACUCAAUGUCUGAUUGCUGGUGACAACGGCUGGGACAGCAACCAUGGCGCUCUGAAUGCGGAUCGCAACAACAAAUGGGCACUUGCAAAUACCUCUUGGUCGUGGGACUACCUUAAACGCACCGAACUGCCUGUCCACUUUGCGGUCGCUGAGGGCUGGACUGCCGGUGAUAUGUAUCAGGGUCGACCGGCCUUGAUCUUUAGUAAGUUCGAUGCUGAGAAAUUAUUACAGGAGUCUGUGAUUGCCUCAACAAACCCCAACCGUGUCACUUGGAUCAGCGGCUCCAUCAAUGCGCCCGGUUCUCCACAAACUCCUUCUGAGAGCGGUAUUGUCAUUAACAACAAUGUGAGCACGCAACUAAUGCUGAUGGUACAUCGUCUGACAAACGCANNGGAAACUCCUGGUUGGGAAGGACCAGAUCUAGACUGCUAUCCUACCACACGAAAGACUAUCCCAGAAUACUACGAAAAUGCUGGGGUCUCAUGGCAGGUGUACCAGGAUACCGACAAGUAUGUGCCUGGAAAUCCUCGAAGAAACAGGAUGCUGACAAGNGACAGCUUCGACGACAAACCUCUUGCAUGGUUUGAAAAGUUCCAAGAUGUAUCCAACACGAGCGCUUUGGGUCAACGUGGUAUGGCUUAUGUUGGCCUUGACAAGUUCCACGCCGAUGCUGCAGCUGGUGCCUUGCCUCGAGUAUCUUAUAUCAUCGGCCCGGCCGAGCUUUCAGAGCAUCCUCCGUAUCAACUCAGGGACGGAGCAUGGCCACAGCGCAAGGUCGUCGAGGCUGUUGUCAAUGGCAAGAACUACAAAAAUACUGCCCUCAUCAUCAGUUACGACGGUAAGCAAGACUUCAAUCUGUGUCGACAUCUACUAAUUUGCGUCAUCNNAGAGUCUGGCGGUCUGGAUGACCCCGUUGUGGCCUACCAUUCUCCAAAUGGUACAGCAGGCGAGUGGAUCGAAGACCCUUACAACGAGUUNCCAGGAUUUCGUCUACCAUUCUAUGUUGUCUCGCCAUGGACGCGUGGAGGCAACGUGUACACUGAGAAUGCUGACCAUCUAUCGCAAAUCAAGUUCGUUGAGAAGUGGAUCCAAGCCAAAGGCUACAACAAUGUCAAAACAACCCAAAUCCCAGCUUGGCGUAGACAGAACAUGGCUGAUCUUACCAAUGCUUUUGACUUCAAUCAUGUAAAUCUCAGUAUUCCUGUCUUUUCUGACAUCUCCGCUCCUUCGGUCGAUGGCUCUGGACAGUACAACGGAUACUCUCUGUGUCAAGCGAAGUAUCCCCACGACUCACGUCCUCCUGUACCUUACGGUAAACAAUCCGAAGCAUCAGCACUUGCCACGGAGCAAGGUUCCAAGUUGGUCCGUGGUCAGCUCACCGAAGGUCGCUUUCUGGUGUUCGAGAGGAACGGUUCCGCUCUGACCAGCCCGAGUUCUGGAUCCAGCUCUUUGACCGCUACUCGUGCCAGUCCUAUUUAUGACAUUGUGGCCUAG